AUGGCAUUUAAAUACUCCGUUCUUGCAUUGUUCAUCGCUUGUUUAAUUGCCUUAUCACAAGCAGUUCCUAUGAAAGAUGUAUCAAGCACUUCAAUUGAAAUCUCGAACACUUAUUUAACACCAUCAUCUGAAAGAUUUGCUGUAGCUGUGCAACGUCUUGAUGAACUUAUAGAUGAUGACGGAAAACUUCUGGCCGAAAAAAUUUCUGCCGUUUUGAUGACAUUUGAUAUCGAAGAAGGCCAAAUUUUAGUAAACAAAGUACCAAUUGAAUUAGGAAUUUCAAAUAUCCAAGUACUUGAGGCUCAAAUAAUUCCAGCCGACGUUAAACCUGAAGAUUUCUUAAAAUAUCAAGAUAAUUUUGAUAUUGGGCUUGUGACAGUAGAAAUCGAAUCAAGUGUUGAGUCAUUCACAACUGAUGUGGAAAAUAUUAUUGGUUAUCGUGUGAGAAUAAAUGUUCGUAUCUUGGAAAUUGAUGGUGAAAAUGUUGUUCAAACUGAAGCAACUGAAAAAAUUAUUGAGUAUAAAGCUCUCGAUGCAAUUGACGGCGAUAAAGAUGAUAUCAUAACCCCAAUAUAUGCUGACAAUCAAGAAACUGCCACAACGGCCAAUGACAAUAUUAACAGCAGCAAUAAUAACAUCAACGAUUCAGUCAAUACCAAUUCAUACUUAUUCAACUAUGACACUCUAAAUAAUCGUAUUAAACACUGGUGGCGUUGUUCUCCAAAAAUUGUUCGUAUCGUUAUCACUUCACUCGUCCUUACAUUAUCAUUUGGAAUAUUUUUCAUGGCUGUUCCUGCUAUUAUUCAAGGGUUCAUUAGGCUCUUACCAAAGGAUUCAUCAUUGUAUCAACCAAUAAGUCUCGGUAACGAUGGUGAUAAUGAUGAUUCCAGUGAUGGAUCAGAAAAAGUGAUAUUCGUAGUUGAUGAUGAAAAAUUACCUUUGAUGUUAGAGCAAGAAAAAAUUUAA